GAUCCAAUUUUUUUUCGAGGACAUUUUUCUAAAAAAUGAAUUCGAUAGUCUACUUACUAUUAUUACUAAUCAUUAAUGAUAAAUGGACAAUUUUUGUUUAUUCUACUCCAGUAUAUUAUGAUGAUUGUGGUAAUGGUGAAAUCAAAAGUAUUGAUAUUGAACCAUGUCAUUCGUUGCCAUGUCAUUUUGAAAAAGGUGAACGUGCCAAUGUUACCAUUAUUUUUCAACCAAAACAAAAAUCCAAUUAUCUUAGGGUACAUAGUACAUUGCGUACAGGUGGCCUAUUUGAUUAUCAGAUAAAAGUUACGGAUGAAGAUCCUGAAGUUUGUCAAUCAUCUAAUUCAAAUCGUAAAAAUUGGGGAAAAAUUAAAUGUCCUGUAUUGCCCGGAAACACGUAUACGUUUAAAGUAAGCCGAAUUUUUCCCGCAUCGACCACUUGGAAUAUGUUUCGAUAUUCAAAAAUUCAAUUACUGAAUGAAUAUGGUGAAAUAGUCGUUUGUUGUGAUUGGCAUCUGGAAUUCAAUAGGGCAAGCAACGAUAAUAAAAUGCUUUAUGUACAGAAUGCUAAUAAUUCGUCAUUAUCAUUUUGAUAGUUAUUAGUUUUUUUUCGGAAAACAAAUUAAUUUAAAUAUUUUUUUUGUCUGUCGGUUUUUUUGUUUUUUUUUGUCUUG